UUUAUUCAUGUUCCCGUGCGCGGGUAGGGGCUCAGAAGCUAGCCGAUAGCUAGCUAGAAAUUUAUAACAAAAUGCAUAUUUUCGCUUGCCGAAAGAAUGCCAUAGGAGACAAAUAAAUGUAUACGCGAAACGACACAGUUUGUGGGGAGAUUUAGGAAACCGCGGGAGAAUUUUCGACCAUUUUAAUGAUCCGCAAGUACCAUUUUUUCCGGCCCCUGGAGCCACAGCGCCCGAACAAGAGAGCAUCCGAGCACCGUUUGCGGAUGUGAAGAAGGGACCUAAUGUUAUUUGGGGGAGUAACUCUAGCUAACCUACGACAGACUGUAAUUUAUUCGAGAUUACUCCGUCGGCUUGACUAGACGCUCCAGAUUUCACUUGAAGGCCACAAAUGAAGUGAACGUUUUUCUUCCACCCUAUCACAGAAGUCUGAUCUCCAAACAGUUGUUCCCCUCUGCAAUACGCUAAAUCCUCUGUCACAGCCCCUUCACCAACUCCCUUGCCUUGUUCUUCAGGAAUGGAUUGGGCCACACCAGCAGCCAAACUGAAUCCCUACACUCGAGCCCGCAUGUCAGAGGCCUGGCAGCAGCAUGCAGUCGCUCCACCUGCAAUUGUCCACACCAUCCCUCCAGGAGCUGAGAACGCUCUGGGCUGUGCAGUGUACGGCAUUGUACUGCAGCAAGAUGCUACGUCUUUGCAGCAGCAGACCCAGCAUGGACAGCACAUCCAACACAGCCAACAACUCAGCGGGAGUCAGCAGCCUGGAGGCGGGCAGCACAGUCAGCAGCAGCACCCCGCCCAGGCCCAGAGCUCCCUGCAGGUCGGGGCAGAAGGAGGACACAAGUGUGCGGCCUGUGGACAUGAUAUCUCCCACCUGGCCAACCCACACGAGCACCAGUGCAUGGUGAAUCAGGACAGGUCAUUCCAGUGCACUCAGUGCUUGAAGAUUUUCCACCAGGCGACAGACUUGCUAGAACACCAGUGUGUUCAGGUGGAGCAGAAGCCGUUUGUGUGUGGGGUGUGUAAGAUGGGCUUCUCCCUACUCACCUCUUUAGCCCAGCACCACACAUCCCAUAAUAGCACCAACCCAAUGAAGUGUUCAAUAUGUGAGAAGACCUACCGACCCGGUUCUUCUGGCAACGUCACGCCCACCUCAAAUACUCCUCAGCAGCCCAACAGUGACGGGGCGUCAGCAAGUAGCAGCGCAUCUAUUCUACCCUUUCCGUCAGCCCGAGACCGGCCGUACAAAUGCUCUGUUUGCCAGAAGGGCUUCAAGCACCUGUCAGAACUCACAAGGCACGAGAGGGUACACACAGGAGAGAAACCCUUCAAAUGUGAUACAUGUGACAAGGCCUUCAGCCAGUCGUCCCACCUACAGCACCACCAGCGAACCCAUAGCAGCGAACGCCCAUUCAAGUGUGCCGUUUGUGAGAAGAGUUUCAAGCACCGCUCCCACCUUGUGCGCCACAUGUACGUGCACUCUGGCGAGCACUUGUUCAAAUGCAACUUAUGUGAGCUGCACUUCAAAGAGUCGUCGGAGCUCCUUCACCACCCCUGCCACCCGCAGGGUUCCCGGCCGUUCCGCUGCGCCACAUGCGGUAAGGGUUUUAAGCGGCCGUCCGACCUUCGGCAACACGAGCGCACACACUCAGAGGAGCGGCCCUUCCACUGUGAUGAGUGUCAGAUGAGCUUCAAGCAGCAGUACGCACUGGUGCGCCACCGACGCACACACAAAGAUCCUGCUGACCGGCCGUUCAAAUGCAAUCUUUGUGACAAGGGCUUCAUGCAGCCCUCUCACCUCCUCUACCACCAGCACGUCCACGGCAUGGACAACCUGUUUAAGUGCGCCUCAUGUCAGAAGGAGUUCAGCCAGUCAGGAGAGCUGCUCAGACACAAGUGCGGCGAGUCAUCCAACACCUCGCCAGACAAGCCGUACAAGUGUGAAGUUUGCGGCAAGGGCUACAAGAAGAGUUCUACGUUACAGCGUCAUCAAAACUCUCACUGCCAAGAGAAGCCUCUUAAGUGCUCGCUCUGUGACCGCCGCUUCCUGUCCUCUUCGGAAUUUGUCCAGCACCGCUGCGACCCAUCGCGGGAAAAGCCACUAAAGUGCCCUGAAUGCGAGAAACGUUUUAAAUACUCAUCAGACCUGAACCGACACCGGCGCGUGCAUACAGGGGAGAAACCGUACAAAUGCGGCCACUGCAACAAGGGCUUCAAACAGCGAGAGCAUCUGACCAAACACACGAGCACACACUCCAGAGAAGGCCAGUUCAAAUGUGUUUGGUGUGGUGAGCGUUUCAGUGACUUGGGCUCUUUGCAGGAUCACACAGUGCAGCACACAGCCGAUGGCGGGGGUUACCCAGUGCCCCAGUGCAUAUAAAGACUUACUUCUUCUUUCGAACAGACAGUCCCCUAAACUCCUGUCCUCUUGUCUUGUAGGCUAUUUAUUCAGCCUAAUCCUAACCCCAUUUGCAAGACAGUCCAGGCUAUAACCUUUUGCAUUCAUUCCCAACAUUGUUACAUCAAGUUUUUGUUGCAUUACUAACCGGUCCAAAGCCCUUUAGUACUGUGAUCUUUUUAUUCCAUAAGAAAAUCUUGAACUUUUCUCUCCCUGUGUUCCAGCUCUUUUUCUUCUUCUUAUAUCUAUCCUCUUUUCAUCAGCACCACGAUCAGACAGUUGUUAGCAGUGAAGAGGCCACAGCCACGUAAACUGCCAUCAGUCAUAAUUAAUCAGGCAGAAACAGAUGCCGUAAUGCAGGUUGAUCCCUUCUAAUUUCUUCCCCUCAGAAAAGGAAAAAAAAUAAUUGUAAUGUCCGUUCAUUGUCUUAUAAGAGACAGCCGUAUUUUUUUCAAUAGUUUAAAACUCGAUAUGUUUUAAGGUGUUCUGAAUGAAUCAAGUAUCGGCCUGAACUGUCUUGACUGAUAGAACCACUAGAGGGGGAGCCUUCCCUUGUUUUUUAUCACUUUCUAUUGUGUCAGCCUGUCGCUGUUUAGUAUCAGGAGACUGGGAAGUUUGACUCACCUCUCAGACACAUGUACUCACAUUCAUGUGUCUGGUCCGGUGGAGGAUGACUUGAAAGACUUUUUGCUUUUUUAUCUCCUCACAGUAACACGUGUAUCGUCUCUUUUAGGCCGUGACCGACUCUCUGCGUCCACAUCCUUUUGGGUUUUAGUUAGGGUUGUACCGAAUCCCAUUGUUUCACAUUGGAAGCUAUUUUAUAACAUCAUUGUCCUAAAAUAAUAAUAAUAAUAAUAAUAAUAAUAAUAAUAUGAUCAUUUUCUUUUGUAAUGACUUACUUAAUUUACUAUAAUAGUGUUAGAACCGAAAUAGAUUUUUAAAAAUGGUGGUUAUGUAAAUGUAGUUUAUGGUGCUGUUCGUUAACACAGGUGCGUGCCACCCUUUAUGUGCGGUAAAGCAAACCGCAGUGAAAGUAUUUCAAAAUACUUCACGGCAACAAAUAUGGAUUGCAGAAGCAGAAUAUUUAGUUAAAUAAAAACAUUUAGUGAAUUAUGGAAAUGAUUAAAUCUACUCCCCAAUACAUUUGGACUUAAUGCCCUGGAAUUAUUAGAAAUGUUUGGAUCACACAAGUCUGAAACAAGCCUGCGCAGCCACCACUGGACUCUUAUUCUACAAAUAGUAUAAUACUAAUAAUGUAAGUCCAGACUAAUUUUUACCUACAACUCUGCAGGAUUACCAGGUGGGGGGGGGGGGGGGAAAGCUGCGCAGCAUUCAAAUGUUAGUUUAGAAAUCGAAUGUCAACGUUAUGAAUGAAGCUUUGAAGCUUCCAACUAUUCGGUACAACCCUAGUUUUAGUAUUGUUAAACUAUUAUUUCUGAAGUAGCCAGUAAACUCCUCAACGUGUGUGAAGGAAAACUGGGGGGAGUUUUGGGAUUUAUUUUCCUGUAGUGAAAUAUUCCGAUGUACCAAAACACCAGUAUGAAGGAGCCCCCGAGCCCAAAGGUGUGUAGACUAACAAACCAGCUGAAGUUCACCAUCCAUUACAACUCAUUGGUACCAAUGUCACCCUUCAGUAUAGACAAAUAUAGAAGUAUAUAUUUCACACUAAUAUAAAGCUCAUAUUCCUGCAGAUGUCUGUCUUGUUAGACGUCUUUGUACUGAUAAUGUCCAAGUGGAACAUUACCCUUCUCUCUCAGCCUGUACAUAUUGUGGACGUGUGAGUGUACUUAGCCAGGUGAGUUGGAUAUGUCAGAACUUGUCUUUCUUAAAAAAAAAAAAAAAAAAAAAAAACAUUAA